AUGAAUUGCUAAAAUUCUAAAUGCAAUGAACAGAUAUAAUACAAUUCUAUUAUAAGUGGUACCUAGAUAACUUGUGAUAAUUGUUCUAAUGCAUUCUAUUGUUCAACUAAAUGUAGAGAUUUCGAUUGGUAUUUAAUAAUUACAUUUUGUAUAGGGAAGGAUAUCAUUAAUUGGUUUGCAAUGGUUUAUUUGAAAUAGUUCCAAAAUUAACUUACAGUUAAUUGGAUUAUGGAAUGAAUCUAAUAGGUAAAGGUAGUUUUGGAAUGGUGUACUUAAAAUAACUGAAUGGAUAUAAUUUUGCGAUAAAAAAAAUAAAUAAAAAUAUAGCUUACAGAGAACUUAAAAUACAUAAAUAACUAAAGCAUAAAUACAUUAUCUAACUAUUAUAAUUCAUAGAUAAAGAUGAUCAUUUAUAUUUGAUUUAAGAAUAUGCAAGUAUCAAUUAUACAAUAUUUUUAGAAAAUGGUCAUUUAACAACUAGUAUGUAAAUAGAUCCAAAAUAGAUAAUAAUUCAAUUAUGCAAUGCAUUAUAAUAUCUUCAUAAUAAAGGAAUAAUUCAUAGAGACAUCAAACCAACAAAUGUAUUAUUAAGUGAUAAAAAUAAUGUUAAAUUAUGUGAUUUUGGUUUAGCUACACAAAAAGAUGUCAUUAGUAACUUUUCUGGUACUUAUGAAUUUAUGGCACCUGAAAUUUUAAAGAAUUAUCCACAAUCAUAUUCUGUAGAUAUUUGGAGUUUAGGAUGUCUUUUAUAUUGGAUGAUAGAAAAAAAACCUAUUCUUUCUGGUAUUUUAGAAUAUAAUAAAAUCUAUAGGUACUGAAGAAGAGAUGAUUGAACAAAUCUUAAAUUUCACUGAACCCAAAUUUACUAUGACUGAUCAAUAUGCAAAGGAUUUAAUAAUCAAAAUGCUUGUUCCUGAACCUAAUAAAAGAAUCACAUUAAAUGAGAUAAUAUAACAUCCAUAUAUUACUAGAGAAUCUUAAAACAAUUUAAAAAAUGAAGAAAAUUCAAAUUCAUAUUCUUAUGAAACAUAAGCAAGUUAUCAACAAUAAUAAAUUGCUCCAAAAAAUCAUUAAGAAGAUAGAAAUGUCUUUAAAAGAAUUGUCAGUUUAUUUUCAUGUAUGGGUAGAGAUAAAUGA